AUGAGGGAGAUCAUUAGCAUUCACAUCGGCCAAGCAGGGAUCCAAGUGGGAAAUUCUUGCUGGGAACUGUACUGCUUGGAGCAUGGAAUCCAGCCUGAUGGCCUCAUGCCCAGUGAUUCGACAGUGGGAUCUUCCCAUGAUGCAUUCAACACAUUCUUCAGUGAGACAAGCUCAGGAAAGCAUGUACCAAGAGCUAUUUUCCUAGAUCUCGAGCCUACCGUCAUCGAUGAGGUCAGAACCGGAACUUAUCGGCAAUUGUUUCAUCCUGAGCAGCUUAUCUCAGGGAAAGAAGAUGCUGCUAAUAAUUUUGCAAGAGGGCAUUACACUGUUGGGAAGGAGAUCGUGGAUCUGUGCUUGGAUCGAGUGAGGAAGUUGGCGGAUAAUUGUACUGGGUUGCAGGGAUUUAUGGUUUUUAAUGCUGUUGGAGGUGGAACUGGAUCUGGGCUGGGGUCGCUUUUGCUUGAGAGAUUGUCUGUCGAUUAUGGGAAGAAGUCGAAGCUUGGGUUUACCAUUUAUCCCUCUCCUCAGGUUUCUACAGCAGUUGUGGAGCCUUACAACAGCGUUCUCUCCACUCAUUCCUUACUUGAACACACAGAUGUCGCAGUUCUCCUCGACAACGAAGCCAUCUACGACAUCUGCAGGAAAUCCCUAGACAUCGAGAGACCAACAUACACAAACCUUAACCGUUUAAUUUCCCAAGUCAUAUCCUCUCUCACUACUUCUCUAAGAUUUGAUGGAGCCAUCAAUGUCGAUGUCACAGAAUUCCAAACAAAUCUCGUACCUUAUCCAAGAAUCCAUUUCAUGCUCUCUUCAUAUGCACCUGUGAUUUCUGCGGAGAAAGCUUAUCAUGAGCAGCUCUCUGUGCCUGAGAUCACUAGUGCUGUUUUUGAGCCGGCUAGUAUGAUGGCUAAGUGUGAUCCUAGGCAUGGGAAGUACAUGGCUUGUUGCUUGAUGUAUCGGGGUGAUGUUGUGCCUAAGGAUGUUAAUGCUGCGGUGGCGACGAUUAAGACGAAGAGGACGAUCCAAUUUGUCGAUUGGUGUCCCACUGGUUUCAAGUGUGGAAUCAACUACCAACCACCAACAGUUGUCCCAGGUGGCGAUCUAGCCAAGGUCCAACGCGCAGUUUGCAUGAUAAGCAACAACACGGCGGUGGCUGAGGUCUUCUCGCGAAUCGACCACAAGUUCGAUCUCAUGUACGCCAAGCGAGCUUUCGUUCACUGGUACGUCGGCGAAGGAAUGGAGGAAGGAGAGUUCUCAGAGGCUCGAGAGGAUCUCGCGGCCCUUGAGAAGGAUUACGAGGAGGUCGGAGCCGAAGGAGCAGAGGAUGAUGGUGAUGAGGGAGAGGAUUACUGAGGUUGGAGUUGUUGUCGGUUCAUGGUUAGUAUUGAGGUUACGAUGCUGGUUGUUGUAUAUCAUCUGCUCUCGGUAUGGAUUUUUAUGUAGUGUUGUGUCUCGUUGAAAUGUAUUUUUAUUUCCUAAUGUUGGUACUACUUUGUAUUCAGCUUUUAAUUGAGAAGAUUAUUGAGUUUCUUCGGAAUUUUUAUAAGUGCAAAUUGUUUCUUCUGUGUA